GCUGUUGCUCCUCCGCCGACCCAAUAAUGAAGCUCUAUGUUCAAAAUGCGGAAAUACAGAAGGCAAAGAGGAUAAUGCGGACGUUUACAAGAGUCACGUUUUUGAUGUUUUGCCAAAUGUAAUAUGUACAGUGGACUCUUGCCGCCGGGUCUCACUGAAUCUGACCUGAGCUCUGAUGAUGCUGAUGAAGGGGAAGCAGCAGAAAACAGACGAGGCGAGCAGCUCUCACGUCAGUCAGACACGGAGCCACAUUCAGCGUGUGCACAGGUUGAAUGUAAUAACACAAAAACUGGUUUGCACAGUGAUGCAUUUGGGGAUGAUUGUCUUCCUGGAGUUUCCUUGGAUAAGUGGCAAAAGUUCAAAGAGCUCCAGAAAGCAAAAGAUGAUCAGAGAAUGAAGGAACCGCAAACAAAGCGGAAAAGGCGCCACAAGAAAGGCAGGACACAGAAUUGCGGCACUGAGCAGAAAAGGGAGCCUGAAGAGAAACGGGAGGAGCACUGGAAGGAUCUAACGCAGUAUUUUGGCAUCAAUGAUAGACUCAAGCCGCCUCCUUGUAGCAGACCUCCUCUCAUGUCAGGCCUGGAAAAGAGCAUAGAGAGUGCCAUUGCUGAAGGGGACUGUGGGAAGGCGGAAGAACUGAGUGACAGACUUGCUACUCGAGAGCUGGCCGUGAAAAUCGCACAAGCCGCCGAUUGCCGUGACUUCACCCGCACCAAACAGGAAGCGGAGGCUUCCAGGGCAGCCCGAAAAAGCAGGAAGCAAAUCGCUUGGGGGUUUGAAGCAAAGAAAAGAUGGGAAACCAAAAGCAAUAUGGGAUUCAUGUGACAUUCACUGCAGUUGAUGAGUAAAGAUUUGGCAUGUUGAUAAUUGUUUAUAGAGGUAAUCUUUUUAUAAUACAGUAUUAUUGCAUUCAAAUUUCCUGUUUUGUCAUUUAACAUUUUAUUUCUUUCUGAAUCAGUUUUUUGGUCAAUCAUUCAGAUUUGUGGGUCAUUUUUUUUAUGUAGCUAAAUAAAUUCCAUAAGCACACCAUUAU